CGGCCGGCCGCGGGAGCAUGGCCACGGGCAGCGGCGGCGCCGCGCUCAGCACCGCGGACAGCGCCGCCAGGAUGAACGGGCUGAGCCCCGGCCCGGCCGGCAUCGCCAUGAAGGACCACGAUGCCAUCAAGCUGUUCGUGGGGCAGAUCCCCCGCAACCUGGAGGAGGGGGACCUCAAGCCCCUCUUCGAGGAGUUCGGCAAGAUCUACGAGCUCACGGUGCUGAAGGACAGGUUCACCGGCAUGCACAAAGGUUGCGCCUUCCUCACGUACUGUGCCCGGGACUCUGCUCUGAAAGCCCAGAGUGCGCUGCAUGAGCAGAAGACGUUACCUGGGAUGAAUCGCCCCAUCCAGGUGAAGCCAGCGGACAGCGAGGGCCGAGGAGAAGACAGGAAGCUCUUUGUGGGGAUGCUGGGGAAGCAGCAGAGCGAAGACGACGUCAGGCGGCUGUUUGAACCCUUUGGCCAGAUCGAAGAGUGCACCAUCCUCAGAGGGCCCGAUGGAGCCAGCAAAGGAUGUGCCUUUGUAAAAUAUGGGAGCCACGGGGAGGCCCAGGCAGCCAUCAACAGCCUGCACGGCAGCCAGACCAUGCCGGGAGCCUCCUCCAGCCUGGUGGUGAAGUUUGCAGACACAGACAAGGAAAGGACUUUAAGGCGGAUGCAUCAGAUGGCAGGACAACUGGGAAUCUUCAACCCGAUGACCAUCCAGUUUGGAGCCUACGGGGCAUAUACGCAAGCGAUAAUGCAGCAGCAGGCAGCCCUGAUGGCUGCAGCACAAGGGACCUGCCUGAACCCCAUGGCAGCCAUCGCCGCAGCCCAAAUGCAGCAGAUGGCAGCCUUUAACGUCAGCGGACUAGUUGCUGCUCCUAUGACCCCCUCAUCAGGUACAAGCACACCUCCAGGGAUCAGCACAGCGCCCGUUCCCAGCAUAGCCACUCCCAUUGGGGUGAAUGGGUUCAGCCCCCUCCCACCACAGACCAAUGGGCAGCCAGCAUCCGAGACCAUUUACACCAAUGGAAUCCAUCCAUACCCAGCUCAAAGUCCCACUGUGGCAGAUCCCCUCCAACAAGCCUACGCUGGCAUGCAGCACUAUGCAGCAGCAUACCCAGCAGCCUAUGCACCUAUCAGCCAGGCCUUUCCCCAGCAAGCACCCAUCAUUCCACAGCAGCAGAGAGAAGGUCCCGAAGGAUGUAACCUGUUUAUUUAUCACCUGCCCCAGGAGUUCGGAGAUGCGGAGCUCAUGCAGAUGUUUUUGCCUUUUGGCAAUGUCAUCUCUGCCAAAGUCUUUGUUGACCGUGCCACCAACCAAAGUAAAUGCUUUGGUUUCGUCAGUUUUGACAAUCCAACUAGUGCUCAGGCAGCCAUUCAGGCCAUGAACGGCUUCCAGAUCGGCAUGAAGAGGCUAAAGGUCCAACUAAAGCGGCCAAAAGAUGCCAACAGACCCUACUGACCCCUGCUCACCCUGGCCCUGCAAACAGGUGCUAUCUGGGCUCAUGGCCCUAAGGCAUAUGCACCCCCAAAGGUGUGGCUCUGCAGAGGCAAUGCACACUCAGAACGCCACUCACAGACCAGGCCAAUCAUUGCUCCAAGAUGGCCCCCCAGUUGCCUAGCAAUCCUCUAGCUGUUGUGGGAGACCCAAACCAAAACUAUCUCUCCCAAAUAAACCGAAACUGUUGGAUGCCCUGCAGCGUAUGAAGAGUAUUAACCCUUUUCCCAAGUGCAGUAUCCAAACUUGUAACUCUCUUUCUUUGCAACAUAUCAUGGAGGAGGCGGAAGCGAAGGAGGAGAAGAAAUGCUGGCAACAAAGAGAGCCAUCAUGGUUAUAUCUUCUUUUUCUUUUUUAAUUUUUGAAUCAGUUUUGUUUGUUUCUUAACAAGAAAGAAAAAGACACAGUGAUGUUGGAGAAAAGACAAACAGGCGCAGAUAUUUGCUGAGUCAGACUAUGAAAUGGUAGCUGCUGGAGAAGACUUUGAAUUCCUCGCAAGGAGAGAGGUGGGAUUCUUGGAAGGAAAAACAAACCAACCUAGGAUUGAGAGCUAGGACAGGUCAUUCAUGAGGAUGAACCCUACCUUUUUAAAGCACUCAUUUGCUGCUACAAGUUUCAAAGGAGGAACUAGGAAAGAGGAUCCAAAUGGAUAUAAACCAAAGCCAGUGGGAUUGGACCAGGCGUGUAUGUUUCACCUGGAUAACGUUUUGUUUUAAAAGGGAAAGAGAAUUUGAUUUUUUUUCCAUAUCUGUCUGGAAAAAAAAAAUCAAAGGCUAAGCGCAUGUUGGACUUAUAGAAGAGAUAUAUAAAUAUGUUUAUAUAUAUAUAUACAUAUAUAUAUACAUAUAUAUAUAUACACACACACACACACCAUGGAGCAGGGUGGGGGAUGUGCCCCCUCCUUGCUUGUCACUGGCACAGGGACAUAGGAUUUACUUCUUUCAAAAUCAUAUCAUUCCUUAGAGUUUAGGGACCAAAGGACUACUGCUUUUUUAAAAUAUAUAUAUAAAUAAAUUAAUUUAACAAAAAAACAAGGAAAAAAGGUAGACGUAUCACGUAACAGCUGCAAGCGUUUCAAAAAGAAACACAAAUAGCGGGAAACUAGAAAGAGCUUUGUUUACCGUGUCGUGUGUUCCAGUGGCCCAACGACUGCAUAGGUUGUAGGAGCCCAAGGGACCGGAUAGCUCAGAAGUUUUUCCAAGGCUAUGGAAAGUGAAAUAGUGGCAUUUCUGUCAUGGCAACUUCUUCUGGCACCCCUGUCCCAUCCUCAGACAAAAACAUAGAAAUGAAGAUUUUGGCUGGUAAGUAGAGCUGGUUGAAAGAUCCAAUUUUGCCUCCACCGAGAACAUGGAAGAAAUCAUUCCAUUUGAAAUUGUUAAUGGAAGAUUUGGGUUUUGUCAAAGGAAAAUUUUUAAAGAAAGUGAAGAUGUUUGUUUCAAAGGGAAAUUUUCAUUUUGUUUUGAGUUCUUGAGAAAUUGAAAAUUCCAUCCAAAUUGGCCUGUUUUCACUACACAUUUCAAUUUUGAUUAAACUCCCUUUCUGACCAAAAACGAUUUUGGAUGAGAAAUGUCAACCAGCUCUACUGCUGAGACAAUUAUGAGAAACAUGUUGCAACCUUCACUAGCUCCUGAGAUAUAUCUGAUUUCCUCGGCCUCUCCUUUACACUGUGUGCGAGAGGUGAAUUGGGGCCAUAACGUUGUACAUCCAAAUCCAACUCUGUUACACCAGUGCAUCCCUUGUUGAGGUCGCUGCAUUACUUGGGCAUAGCCGAUCAGAAUUUGGAUUGUGGGUUGCAGAUAUAUUAACAUAUGAUACCUGAUGCUUCAGCAUAAGACUAUAUCAGACUGUGCCAAAUAUGUAUGUGGAGCACACGUCCCCUCCAGGUGCUUACAUGUUUCAUUGUGAAAACAAAAGAUUUUCUUUCCCACACACCCUUCACCACCUCUCAGAUUUCCUAUCAGCAGGGCAGAUUUGCUCAAGGUCAGAUAUUUACAUCAUGGUAUUAAUCUUCCCUGCCAGCUGAUCUCACUGAUCGCUGCAUGCUUCCAAAGGUAAAAUUCAAGCCAGGAGAGGCAGUGCGGGAGGCUGUUAUUAACUAUAGUGGACCAGACUCUGCACUGAUUUAUAUUCCCUGCAAUCCCAGUGGAGUCAAUUUGAUUGUAUGGGGCAUCCAUCAGUGCAAAGUUUGGCCCAUUGAGUUUAAACAAGGGCUGAAUUCAUCCCUGAGGUAUCAUAUAAUCAUAGAAACGUAGGGCUGGAAGGGACCUCAAGACAUUAUCAAGUCCAGCUCUCCCUCAUGAAAGCAAACCUUCAUCUUUCCCCACCUCCAGGCCCAGAACAAAAAAAACAGCAACUUGGUCAUAUAUAAAAAAUAAAACAAAAGAGAGGGCAAAUGUCUGGGAGACCAGCAGCCUCUGGGAGAGGUCAGAUUUUACGUGUCAUGGAGAUUUAUAGUCAUAGCAUGAAAACUUGACUGCACUGGAAUCAGGUGUUUAGCCAUUGACUUCAAUGGGCUCAGGAUUUCACCUGUGGAUUGGAAGGCCAGAAGGGACUGCGUAACUCAGUGAUUCCUGCAUCAAACACAAUAAUUUUUCAGAAUGGUAGAAGCAGAUAUCCCCUGCCAUCCAUAAAUAUGUAUAUACCAGUGGGCUCACAAUCACUCUUGUCUCACCCGUCCCUUUACUUCUUGUCUUUGAUGUUCCCCAGAGUGGCUGAAGCUUUGCUCUCCUCCUCGCAACUAUUGGAAAGGCCUUGCUUUCAAGUCUGAGAGGAUGUGUAGUCAUGGCCCUUUAAAACUCCCCCGGUCCUGCAGGGAGGGAGUGUCCUUUUCAACAGGAACUCAUUGUUAUUCAAUGGAAUUCACCCUGCAGAGCAGAAACCCCCAGAUAGGACAGAUGGGACCUUAAACGGGCCGGACUAUAUCUCCUGUGGGAUCUUAAAGGAGCAGGCUUGUAGCACUUUGUUUUAAAUUUCUUCACACAUCUGCCACUUCUCUUUUCUUAGUUUCUGUCACAACUCGUGUUUCCCAUGGGCAGCAGGCUGUGCUUUCCACAGUGUCUGAACCUGCCACCUUGCAAGCAGUUGGAAGGAAUCAUCAUAAGGCUUAUAAAAAUAGAAGGGAGUGAUUCAGGAUCUAAAACCAUGCCCCUGAAUUGUGCUCCAGAGUCAACUCAUGGGAGAGGAGGGCAUUUCUGAAGCCUCAAAAUGAGCACCUUCCUCAGAUGUCUCCAUCCCUGACUCCACGAUGCUUCCACACUCAUAGUAGCUAUAAGCGUGCCAAUGCAUGGACUAUCUUCUGUUCCCUGCAAGCAUUACCCAGGAGCGUUACCUAGAAGAGUAUUCCUUGACAUGCAAUAUUCCAUCCAUUGUCAUUACCUAUAGGGCUUGGGUUUAUAAGGAACUCUUUGAUCCAGAUCCAUGUAACCAACUAAAAUGCCACAGGAUCCAUUAUGCACCAGCCAAAUGCUGGGUGUUGAAAUGGUCACAGACCUGCUCACUUUAUACUACCAGUGCAUUUACUUGGAUUCACUGCUGCUCUGCUGGGCUAGAUUUAUGGUUUAAGUAGGUGUUAAUUAUCAUGCUGUGUAUGGGAGAUCCUGCUGCCUUUGACCUGUUCAGAACUAAAUUAGACUCUAUUUCAAACUAAAAUUGUUCGCAGCUCAAGGCAGGAAGGAAGAGGGGUGUAAGGAAUGGUGCUGUACAUGCACUGCAUGGUUAGAGCAGAGGACUGGGAGUUGGGACUCAUGGCCUUUAUUCCUGACUUUGCUGCAGAUUCAUUGGAUGGGAUAAAAGCUUUGUUUAAAGUCUCUGUCCUCGUUCUGCCUCAGUUUUAAAACGGGAAUAAUAAUAGUUCUCUAACUCACAAGACACAUUGUGAGGCACAUUUAAUUGAUGUUUGCAAAGUGCUUUGAGAUCUUUGCAUGCAACGCACCGUAGAAGUGAAAAAUAUUAUGUCUAUAUAGAUACUGAAUUCAGAUACUGAAUUGCCAGCCCUAGAGUACAUCACUCAGAGCCUUUCAAGAAAACUCUUCUACUCCAACAGUACUAACUAAACCAGGGCCUGAUCCUACGCUAUUGGAGCAGGAUCCAUCCAUCCCAUUGCAGCUUUGCCACUGACUUCAACAUUUACUGAAUCAGGCUCCUACCGCAGGCUGCCCCCUAGCCUCAGCCCACUGUGCCCCGCUGAAUGUACAAAGAAAAGAAGUAGCUGCCAUCUGGCACCAGGUACAGCUCUCACAAUGCUAAUGGGGGUAGAAAGAAGCCCAUACUGUUGAGCAUUCAGGGGACAAGGGAGCAAGUUGAAUAAAUGUUUGUGGAAGCAAUCUAACCAAAGAGCUUCUAAAGCAAUAUGUAGAGCCAGGCUACUCAUACAGCCUAGCUGUGUUUAGUGCCAAAUGCCAUACUACUGAGGGUAAAUGUGGUCAGAAAUUCUGUAUUUCUAAGACUAGGGGUUGUCUCCAAACCCUCCUUUGUUUUUUGCAUCUCUCGAGCCAUCUCCUGCCUUACAGUCCCAGGCUCUGGGAGUCAUAUUUGAGUCACAGCAUUGAUGAACAUACACCAACAUACUCCACAGCACUCGCACCUUCUUUAGCCUCUCUGAUGCCUGCAGAUACCCCACAAGGGAGAUGGGCUCUGCGUCUCUUGAGCAAUAUUAACCAAGGGCCAGAUCCUGCUCUCAGCUGCACUGGUGUAACUUCACCCACAUUUGUUCUUCGGUACUUAGUGACCAGUCACUUUACUACAUGACUUUUGUGGGUACUGGUUGGCCAUGAAUGGGUUGCCCAAAGCCACAAGGGGAGGAAAGGAGGUCCAAGAUGGAAUUUAGGAAAUGUCCAGCCAAACAGAAUGCAGGAUGGACAAGGCAUGUGAAGAGACUAGAUGUGUCUAGUUGCCCUUCACAGCUCACAUGCCCUGGUUUGGUCGCUUGGCCACUGGACUCCUUUUUCUGUGAUUCAUUGUUACAUUUCCUAGUGGUUUAGAACAGAAUGCUUUUGUAGAACGUUAGCAUUUAACGUAGGAUAACUCUCCAUUUGAAAACAAAAAAAAAAGACAAUCGACUUUAGUGAUCAUGUGAAAGUGACUUUUUUUU